GUCCCUAAGUCAGAAGCCUGUUAUUCAGUAGUUGUCGUUGGUUGCUGUCUGCCAUAAUUGUUUUUUUCUUUUAUUGGUUUAGCAGCAAUUUCACAUAAAAUAACAGGGCUUUCCAAAUUAUACGUAUGAAAAUAACAGGAUUUCAGAAAAAUAAUACAUACAAAAUAACAGGAGUUUUCAAAUAAUACAUAAAAAAUAACAGGUGUUCCCAUAUAAUACAUAAAAAAUAACAGUAGUUCCCAAAUAAUACAUAAAAAGAAUAACAGGAGUUCUAAAAUAACGAGUUUCAAAAUAAUACACACAAAAAAUAACAGGAGUUCCCAAAUAAUACAUAAAAAAUAACAGGAGUUCUCAAAUAAUACGUAUAAAAAUAAUAGGAGUUUCCAAAUAAUGCAUAAAAAAUAACUGGAGUUUCCAAAUAAUACAUAAAAAAAAUAACAGGAGUUCCCAAAUAAUACGUAUAAAAAUAAAAGGAGUUCCCAAACAGGCGUUACCAAAAUUAUUUGACGGUGCAAUAAACUGAACCAACCAGCUCUCCAAUGAAAGAUAUCUUACAAGCAGAAUUUACAAUAAAACAAUGAACUGAAAAUUGCUAAGCAGAUGACAGCCAGCGAUGGCAUAUACUGGUGAGAUGUUAAACUACUAGUGGAUGAAAAUCAAAUAAAAUGCAACGAUAAAGACAAUCGUUAGCAGGCAAAUGUAAAAAAAAAUAGGCUUGUUUAAUAAUUACUUUUUUUUUAAAUACGUAUAAGACCUUUGGAGAGAGAGAGAGAGAGAGAGAGAGAGAGAGAGAGAGAGAGAGAGAGAGAAAUAAAAGAAAAAAGCAAAAAUACCGAACUCCAAGGCAGAUUCCAAAAGAGGAAGUCCAUCAUAAAAUCUGACAAAUUCAAACGCUAUCAAUCAAUAGAAAGGCUUCUUUCCAAAAUGUGUCAAAAUAAACAGAAAUCAUGAAUUAAUUUAAUAUCUUAUAAAGGAUGUGGUUCUGUCAAACUCCAUGUUCAUCAGGAGGUAUAAUAAAUGUUUUAGACUGAUACAACUGUUGUUUAAUUAUAGAAACGUGUCCUAUGUUACCUUUGACCAGUAUUUUUGUCCAAAUGAAAUAUAUCGUUUCAACAAGACAAAUAUUUUGGUCAACACGAUUGUCUUCUGUAUGACAUAAAACACAUUGUCAACAAAAUUAUUUUGCAACGACAUUUAUCGUUACCUAAAAUUUGUCAUAGUAAAUUAGUGACGUCUUGUUCAUGGACAUGACAUUUCUUUUGCAUUGUCGUCCAUUGAUGGGGACUAAAUUUUGAAUCACCGCCGGUUUCGUCACGUAUGACAUGUAAAUGCUAUCCAUCAUUGUCAAAAUAUUAUGUUUUUAUAUGAAGUCUGUUUCAUAACAACAAAAGGAUCAGUAACAAUAUGGUUGCGUUAAAAGUGCUCUGGAUUUCUCUUUUUCUAUCUUACUAUGGCACAUACGGAAUAAUGGAUAAAAUUGGUGAUAUGCUUAUAGACCCAUAUCAUGAAGUUUUGGACGAAUUAAAAAUCCCAACGAAAAGUGUUUCAAUGUAUGACUUAGAUGACAUAUUAGAGACAUUUUUUGGAAAACUUAAGUGUUUACCUCCAGGAGUGCACCACCAACGAACGUGCAGAACUGCUGUGUGCCUUCAAAGUAGGGAUAUUUUCAAAGCUUUAGGAUUACAACAGGGAGAUGAUCUUCUGGAAGAAAAUUUUGGCAAAUUAUCAAUAAUCUUAACCUAUCAUUUAUUGAAUAUAAAUCAUUUCUGCUACCAAAAUGCAAGUGUAAAUCCGAACCUAGACUAUUACAAGACAGAAUUACUCAAUACACUUAGUCAAUCUCAGCAAAAUAUCAGAGUGAAUGCCUUGCAAAAGGCUCUAGAGGACAUUGAUGACCAGUACGAAUCUGACGAGGAGAAACAUGACGAUGACAGCCACGAAAGCCAAGAGCAUGAUCAUGUUGACGAUAGUCAUGGUCAUAUCGAUGAUCAUGAUGACGAUCACACCGAUAGUGAAGAAUCGUCAACGAUGAAGACCAACGUUCAUGAUCACGAUUCUGAUUCUGCUGAAAGUGACCACAGUGACGAACACGAUGAUAGUCAUGAAGAUGACGACGAUGAAGUAAAGGUUAUUAAGAAUAAGUGUUUGAGUGCCGGAACAAUAUUUGAUGAAUUGGAUAUGGAUCCAGAUGAAGAUGUUCUUGAUAUCAACAGUGUGGAUAAAAUAUCACAGUUAUUGGUCUAUCAUUUCAUGACAGGUGCCCGAAUUCAGAAGGACUGUCGACUUUUCCCGAGGAAAUCAUAUUUUGGGAAUAAUCUACUCACUUAUAUGGAUGCAGUCAAUGAUAGUAUUCCGAAAGAGGAAUUUGUAAAGUUAAUGGUCACCCUCAAAAUUGCAUCUGGAAUGGAUGAACAUGACGAUCACUUGCACAGCAGACGAAAACGAGACUUGACGAACGUGAUUGGUCGGUCAUUAAUACAUAGUCGGUCAAAGAGAGCCACAACAAGCGCCCAGAAUACCUGCUAUUCUCCCAACCAGCUUCUCGCCAUUUACAAUUCACAAACCGGAAAUACAAUUUCUAAACAAAAGUUCAUGGAAUUAUGCCCGUCUCUGCUUUAUCAACAAGUAUCUGGUUCUUGUUCUGAUUUGUCAAGUGAUCCAGUAACAAAACCGGUGGAUGAUGCAGAAAGAUAUGGAUAUGGCUCGUUUGCAGUAUUUCUGAUUUGUCUUUGUUCUGUGCUCGCCGUCUUGGUUAUACCAAUAGCCAAAAGUUCAAGGACCUGUUUCCGUGCUGUAAUGAACCUGUUUUUAGGAUUGGCCAUCGGAACAUUGACCACAGAUGCGUUGCUGCAUCUUUUACCAACGGCAUUUGGACUCCAUGGCCAUAGUGAAGAAGAGCAUGCACAUGGAGAUGCAUUCAUGGAAAAAUAUAUAGGGUUUGGUUUAGCGGCCUUAGCAGGUAUUUAUGGAUUUUACUUGUUGGAAUUAGUGAUGUCAUUCUACAGAAAAAACCCAACCUCCGCACAUGGACAUUCACAUCUGCAAUAUGAAUUAGAUCUUAAUAUUCCGAAUGGUAAUGGUCAUGUGACGGAAUCAAAACGUGAUUUGUAUAACAGUCAAAAUGAUAUGAAUAAUUCUAUACAGUUUGAAACAGAAUUUAGUGAUAAAGGUGUAUCAUCCUUAUCUUUAAUGGUGUUAAUCGGAGAUGGUAUUCAUAAUUUUGCUGAUGGUCUAGCCAUAGGAGCUGCCUUCACUCAAGGCAAUGCAGUUGGAAUUGCUACUAGCAUAACUGUCUUUUGCCAUGAAUUGCCACAUGAACUAGGUGACUUUGCUAUUUUGUUAAAAAGCGGAUUAAGUGUAAAGAAGGCAAUGUUAUUGAACUUUUUAUCAGCAUUAACUGCAUUUGUUGGUUUGUAUGUUGGACUGGCAGUGUCAACAGACGAAUCUAUACGACAAUGGAUAUUUGCAGUAACAGGAGGUCUUUUCUUGUACAUAUCUUUAGUUGAUAUGCUCCCCGAGUUGAUAAAUGGUCAUAUUGGAAGUAAUUCAACAAAAAUUGUUGGUAUGAUCUACAACAAUAUAGGAAUACUUAUUGGAGCACUGAUAUUAUUUCUCUUGUCUGUGUAUGAAGAGCAGAUUAAGAUUUAAUUGAAAAAUUUGAUAACCAGAACUGUCCAAGUACAUUUCAAACUAUCCCAAAGAUAAAGCAACAAACUGGAAGAUAUAUGCUAACUUGUUAUCAAAUUCAUUCUUCAUAUAACAUAGAUUAAUUACUAAAAAUUGAUGUUUUAUUACUUCAUAUUAUAUUACACAUAUCUUGUAUGAAACGUUUCUAAUAAUAAUAUUUUUUGAAUAUCCUUAUUAUUGAAAUACCACGAGGAACCUUUGUAUUUUUAUGUCUUAUAUGUACAAUGUUUGUCAAAACAUCCGAAAUUAAAUGGUACUAUAUAAAAGUAUCAAAUGCAGUGUAUUAUAGCAAAUAAUUGGUCUUUUUGUACACGGUUGGGAUAUUUUAACAUUGUUUUCAUUACGUUUUGAGUUCUAAAAAAUUGUCUCAUUAAACAGUAAAAUUAUAAAAGUCCAAAUAGACAGUUACAGUAUUUUAUUGAAUUCUAUUGAAAAUUUCAAUCACUUGUGUCAGAGAUUUGUACUGACAUGGUAACAACAUAUGUCAAACAUUUAAUUUGUAGUGGUCAAAUGUUCCGGAUUGACACUGUUUAAGAACUCUGGAUUAUUAAAGUAAAACAUAUAGGGAAAAAAUAUGACACACAUUUUCUAAAUGUCCUCUAUAAUUCAAAUUGAACAAUUUAAGAUUGUAGGUUAUAGGGUGGUUCCAUUCAAAAUCUUAAAGAUCAGUAUUUACUAAUGAUAAUCAUCAGUGCAUAUUACCAUUUGACGUUUAGCAAACAACAGUCAAUCAAUCAUCAGUGAAUAUGAGAGGCUUUAAAAUUUUGAUUUCUUUUACUUUGACAAAUGAAAACCAACUGCAGUUUUAUGUAUAUGUAUAGUAAAUUGUCUGUAUUUCCCUCACAAGUUGUUUUUGCAUAUUUUUUUUCUUUAUGAUUAAUGCAUGUAAAUAGUAAUACAUAUCAGAAUCGGAAGUUAAUCUCAUGUUUUAUAUUUACUUAUUUAUUUAUUUUCUCGCUGCGUUGAAGACCCAUUGGUGACCUGGAGCUGUUUCUGCUCUUUGGUCGGGUUGAUCCCGUUUCCAUUCUCAAUUCUAUUUGGUGAGCUUUUAAUAUAUUUUGUGAAAUAAUUAAUUUUAUACUUUACCAAAUGUAGUUGAUAUGAUGUUAUGACCACAAUAGUGGUAUACAAAGAAUAUGAGCUUUUUUAUAGGUCAUUGUUCCUAAAAAGUUAUUUCUUAUUUUGUUCAAAUCAUACACUAGAAAAGCUCAUAAAUAUGUCUUAAAUGUGACACAGUCGUAAAAUAAAAUAUGAGAAGUUAUGCUUUGUUAAAAUCUAUCAGACAACUGUAAGUGGGUUGUAUAAUAUCAUACAUUAUAAUAUAAAAUGUUAAGAAAAUUUCCCUUUAUAUGCAACUGACCUGGUUUGACGGAAAUUGUACAUAAACGAUGCAAUUAAGUAAUGGAAAGGUAUCUAAUUAAUCCCUUCAAAGGUAAACCUUUAAGGAAAUAUUUUAUCAUGACAGUUGAUAAAACCAAUGAACUAAAUUUCCUAUAAAAUAAAACACCAAGUCAUUUUAAUAAUCGAACUUCAAGAAAAGUGUGGAGUUAAAACUUCUGACUUCAUUUAUCAAUAAAAUAUCAUUGAUUUUGUUUCUCAUUAUGGCGAUUUCACUUACAAAAGUCUUCUAAUUAUAAAAAAAAUAAUCCAGCAAGGUAAUGAUGAACUGGUAUUAUCAUUCCACAAGUUUGCUGCUUGCCAUCAUGAAUUGGUUAUUAAGUUGCCUCGGUUUGGAGAUUUGCGAUACAGUAAUCAUUUCUUCAUUUGAAACAAUAAUACAUUCCCAUAACAUUCAUAUAUGUAAGUGACUAAGAUAUUUGUUUUCAAAGCGAAUAUCUUCCAAGUCUUGUUUUUUUUAUACAAAUGACAAAUGGCUUAUAUUUCACAAUUAUACAAACUUGUCAAAACUUAAUAUAUAUAUAUAUGGAUUGCAUUUUCAUCUGCAUAGCUAUCAUUAUGUCAUAAUACGAUUAUUGUGUAUAUAUAACACAAGUAGGUCUUGUGGUUUUUAAUUUUCAAAACAUAAUUGUAAUUUGAUUUUAAUAUCUAUCUCAUUUCAAAUGUUGAAUUGUAUUGAUAAAUGUCAUCGACUCAUUGUUAUCAUUUAGCUACCGUUGUUAUAUUUUAAUACAAAUAAAGCAUUCAUUCUUAAUUAGA